ACUAGAAAAAACAUGAUAAGAGGGAUGUGAGGAGAGUGAACAUUGGAAGUAAAACCUUAUAGGCACAUUACGGAUUUUAGAAUGGAAAAACUGGAGUUAUUUUGAACAGUGGCAGCCGCAGGUGGAGUCUGUGUUUUUGUUGUAGUUUUUUCCUCACAAUGCUUGAGAGAUGGUUGUGGGUCGGUUGUCAUUAUUUCUUUGCUGCGGAUACAAGGACUGGCAAGUUAUCAGCAUGAAUUACCAGGGGAAGAAAAACUGAUAUCAAUGAUAAAUUUGACUUUGGAGAGAGGACCAUGGCGAAAUGGAAGGGAUUUGCACUGCUGUACUUUAUGGCGGAGUUCUGGAUCACUUCACAGCAGGUCCUGAGAAUCGGCGGCAUCUUUGAGACGCUUGAGAAUGAGCCCAUUAGUGUUGAAGAACUGGCCUUUAAAUUUGCUGUAACCAACAUAAACCGGAACCGGACCUUAAUGCCAAACACCACACUGACCUAUGACAUCCAGAGAAUUAACCUUUUUGACAGUUUUGAGGCCUCGAGAAGAGCCUGCGACCAGCUGGCUUUGGGCGUUGGGGCAGUCUUCGGCCCGUCUCACAGUUCAUCCGUCAGUGCGGUGCAGUCUAUUUGUAACGCCCUGGAGGUCCCUCACAUCCAGACACGCUGGAAACACCCCUCAGUGGACAACAGAGACAGCUUCUACAUCAACCUCUACCCGGAAUACACCUCCAUAAGCCGAGCUGUGCUGGAGAUAGUGCAGUUCUACAAGUGGAAGGCGGUCACCGUUGUGUAUGAAGAUGCGACCGGACUGAUACGUUUGCAAGAGCUGAUCAAAGCUCCAUCCAGAUACAGCAUUAAAAUCAAGAUCCGCCAGCUGCCAACAGGAAGUAAAGAUGCCCGUCCUCUGUUGAAAGAGAUGAAGAAGGGGAAGGAGUUCUUUGUCAUUUUUGACUGCUCCUACCAAACAUCGGCCGAUGUUCUGAAGCAGAUCUUGUCCAUGGGGAUGAUGACUGAAUAUUACCACUUCUUCUUCACCACGCUGGACCUAUUCUCCUUGGACUUGGAGCCGUACCGCUACAGCGGGGUCAACAUGACGGGGUUCAGACUGCUCAACAUAGACAAUCCACAGGUGUCCUCGGUGGUAGAGAGGUGGGCCAUGGAGCGACUGCAGGCUCCCUCCAAAGUAGAGACUGGAAUGAUGGAGGGGAUGAUGACAACAGAAGCAGCUCUGAUGUACGAUGCCGUCUACAUGGUGGCUGCUGCCUCGCAACGGGCCUCCCAAAUCACCGUCAGCUCCCUUCAGUGCCACCGCCAUAAACCCUGGCGCUUCGGAUCACGCUUCAUUAGCAUGCUCAAAGACGCACAAUGGAACGGCUUGACAGGACAAAUAGUCAUAAACAAGACAGAUGGCCUGCGGAAAGAAUUUGAUUUAGAUGUCAUCAGCCUAAAGGAAGAUGGCCUGGAGAAGACAAUCGCGGGCACCAACCGCCUCAAUAAAGUGUGGAAAAAGAUUGGCGUCUGGAACUCACAAACAGGCCUUAAUUUAACAGAAAGCAACAGGGACUCAACCACAAAUGUGACUGACUCAAUGGCCAACAGAACCCUCAUUGUCACAACUAUUCUGGAAAAUCCUUACGUCAUGUAUAAGAAAUCUGAUAAGCCUUUGUAUGGAAAUGAUCGCUUUGAGGGCUACUGUCUCGACCUCCUCAAAGAGCUUUCCAACAUAUUGGGCUUCUCGUAUGAGGUAAAGCUGGUGACUGAUGGCAAAUAUGGAGCUCAGAAUGACAAGGGGGAGUGGAACGGCAUGGUGCGAGAACUAAUUGACCACGUGGCCGACCUCGCAGUGGCCCCACUCACUAUCACAUAUGUGAGGGAAAAGGUGAUAGACUUCUCCAAGCCCUUCAUGACACUGGGGAUCAGCAUCCUUUACCACAAACCCAAUGGCACCAAUCCAGGAGUGUUCUCCUUCCUCAACCCACUGUCUCCUGAUAUCUGGAUGUAUGUGCUGCUGGCGUGCCUCGGCGUCAGCUGCGUGCUGUUUGUAAUUGCCAGGUUCACUCCGUAUGAGUGGUACAACCCUCACCCCUGCAACCCAGACUCAGAUGUGGUUGAAAACAACUUCACUCUAAUAAACAGUGUGUGGUUUGGAGUUGGAGCACUUAUGCAGCAAGGAUCCGAACUGAUGCCUAAAGCCCUCUCCACGAGGAUAGUUGGUGGAAUAUGGUGGUUCUUUACCUUGAUCAUAAUCUCCUCCUACACUGCCAACUUGGCUGCCUUCCUCACUGUGGAGAGAAUGGACUCACCAAUCGACUCCGCAGAUGAUUUGGCCAAGCAAACCAAAAUAGAGUACGGUGCUGUGAGAGAUGGCUCCACCAUGACCUUUUUUAAGAAAUCCAAGAUCUCAACUUAUGAGAAAAUGUGGGCAUUCAUGAGCAGUAGAAAAAACACGGCUUUGGUCAAAAACAACCGGGAGGGGAUUCAGAGGGUUCUCACCACAGACUACGCUCUUCUGAUGGAGUCAACCAGCAUUGAGUACAUCAGCCAGCGUAACUGCAACCUCACACAGAUUGGAGGCUUGAUAGACUCAAAGGGCUACGGAGUGGGAACCCCGAUUGGCUCCCCUUACAGAGACAAGAUCACUAUCGCCAUCCUGCAGCUUCAGGAGGAAGGAAAGCUGCACAUGAUGAAGGAGAAAUGGUGGAGAGGGAACGGCUGCCCAGAGGAGGACAGCAAGGAGGCCAGUGCUCUGGGAGUGGAGAACAUAGGGGGGAUCUUUAUUGUCCUGGCAGCUGGAUUGGUCCUCUCAGUGUUCGUAGCUAUCGGAGAGUUUAUUUACAAAUCCAGAAAGAACUUGGACAUUGAGGAGGUGAGUGUUGGUCAGUGUGAAUGGCACAACAAGUAUUAAUUCACCAGGGGACUCGAUUGAGGGCUGUCAGGAGGCGUGCUACACAUUCCUGUUGUCAUUGUUGUCUUCAGAGGACUACAGCUAUCACAGGGCCAACUAAAGUCUCGACAUGUUGGACGCAUUGUAACAAUCAAAACAGAAAUAGUUCUUAGCGUAAACGUAAAGUGUUUUUGUUGCUUUGACAUGAAGAAUGAACAAUUUAGUAUUAAUUGGAAUUAUACAUUUUGAACUAUUUUUAUGACGACAGAUGGCAUCUUGACACUUGGCCUUGCUGUUUUUUGUUGCAAAGAACUGUAUCCUUGUUUUGUGCUACACAAAGAGAAGACAUUGUCAUACCAUGCGGGUAAGUAAUGGUAAGUGUAUCUUUUGAGGCAUAUUUCUCAUGUUAAUUUCAACAACUGCAGUAAGAUCUUUGCAAUUUUCAUAUUUAUAGCGCACAGAAACUUUUAGAUGAAAGUACUUCUGACCUUUUUUGUAUGUACUUGUGUAUUUAAAUAACAAAAUCUUGAUCAAUUUAAGGGUGGUUGUUUCCACUUUGUUUAUCAAUGAGUGUAUCCACAAAUUUGUAUUCAAGUCACAUGACACUCAGGCCAUCUGUUGCUAACUGUCUAUACCUUUUUCUGUUUGCUUUUUUAUCAUGUGAAGUUCAUAAACAUGCAUGUAUAUGUUUUGUCAGGCUGGAAUUGUUUCAUUAUGACUAAAGUUACUGUAUGCGAGAACAUUGCAUUAACUUUUUAUUUCUGGUUGUUUUGGUUUUGAUUGCUCCCUGUCUCUGCAUGCACAACCUUUCCUUUACUGUAUGCAGAAGUUGUAUAAUUGUGAUCAUUUGUUAUCACAACUUUAUUCAUGAAGCGUUUGAGUUACAUCCAGAAAACCUUAGUUAAACUAGAAUGUCUUUCAAAUUACGGCUGUACCAUUUUGAAUAUUUGAUUUGUUUUGAUACUUUUGAGUUUUCUUUUUUUAUCUGUUUCUGGGGAACAGUUUUCAUGAGUCUCACGGUAUCAGAGAACAGUGGUUAUGAUUUAAGUAACCGCAGGUUUACUUACAUAUUACACUGCAGAUCACCACAGUCUUAUUUUUGUUAUACAUAGAUGUUGCUUGCAAGUACUUCACUGAUUAACCGACUAUAAUUAAUUCACAAAUGCCCAUCCUCCGUGGUAUAGAGCGGUGUGUGGACCACUUGAAAACAACGAGUUAAACUGCUUUGCACAGGAAGGCCAAACAAUCCAAAAUGUAGAGAGAUGGCGUGUGGACAUUUAAUUGUGGACUGUAAAAUGCCACUGACUCAGCAGGAGCUUCUUGCUCCUCUAAAUCACCCUACUCUCUGCCUGCUUUCAGGUCCAACCGGAUCCAUAAUCACCUUACUCGGGCUAAGGCUUGCACAAAACCUCCUCAUUAUGUGGUAGAUUUUUUACACUCCUGUUUUACAGGUGGACACGGCUUGUCACGCAAUAUCCUACAGAUUUCAUUCUUUCCCCAAAUCUGACAAGACUACUGAAUGUAGUGUGUUUUGUCUCUGCAUUGUGGGUUUGGCAUCACAUGAAGAAUGAUGUGACUGAAUAUUAGGUUAGAAGUCAUUAUUCCUAUGAAAGAGUAGACAUGAGUGGGAAUCAUAAACAACAAUUAUGGUUGGUUGGUGCUUAUUAUAUAUUGAGAUUCCUUGCAUCAUACAUUCAUGCACACAAUUACAUCGCAGUUUUGAUCAUCGAAUUUGUGUCACUGGAGGUUUGAGUGUUUCUGGACACAGAUUAAGUCUACGGUUUAAUUUCAACUGUUUAACAGAGUUUGAAUGGAUGUUAACCAUGUAUGUCCUUAGACACACACAUGAGCCAUUUCACAUUAAAUCAGGUACCGUCUAGUGCAGGUUUGAACUAUUCGAGUAUUUUGACAUGCAAAACAGACCUACUUAUAAGAGUUGGCACCUGUCACUGGCAUUACGUAUUUUUGAAUUGUUUUAAUUUUAAGGUUGUUUUCACUGAUGUAUGAAUAAAGAUGAAUCCCAUA